ACGUACCGUACGGCGGCGCUGAGGGUGUGGACGUCCCCCAGCAUUCAGUCUACCGGAGACAACAUAACGCUGCUAAUCACUCCUAACCGCAUUACACCGCAACAGGCCAAUAUUCCCGGGUUUCUGGAGUGCUGUUGGGCUUCUUUGAUUGUGUCCCUCAUGUUCCAGAUGAGGGACUGAUGCUGGCCGGGACCCUGCUGAACCCCUUGGGUCGCCUCUCGUAUCUGUCCCAGUUCAUUUCUGCAUCUACUCCCACGGGUGCUCCUUAAGAGAAGGAGAAAGACACCAGCCAAAAUGGAUGAUAUCUUCACGCAGUGCCGGGAAGGCAAUGCAGUGGCAGUUCGAUUGUGGUUGGACAAUACAGAGAAUGACCUCAAUCAAGGAGAUGACCACGGCUUCAGCCCUCUCCACUGGGCCUGCAGAGAGGGCCGCUCCAGCGUGGUGGACAUGCUCAUCAUGAGAGGGGCUCGCAUUAACGUCAUGAACCGUGGAGACGACACGCCUCUGCACCUGGCCUCCAGUCAUGGACAUCGUGACAUCGUGGGAAAGCUGAUCCAGUGCAAAGCAGACACAAAUGCAGCCAAUGAACACGGGAACACACCACUGCAUUACGCCUGCUUCUGGGGCCAAGACCUAGUGGCUGAGGAUCUUGUGACUAAUGGGGCUCAGGUGAGCAUCUGUAACAAAUAUGGGGAAACUCCUCUGGACAAAGGCAAACCUCACCUGCGUGAACUCCUCAGAGAAAAGGCUGAGAAAAUGGGACAGAACUUGACGAAAAUUCCCUUCAAGGACACGUUCUGGAAAGGCACCACCAGAACUCGACCCCGGAACGGCACUUUGAACAAACUUGCCGGCAUCGACUACAAACAGCUCUCUUUCCUGUCAAAAAUAAACGAGAACCAGUCUGGAGAGCUGUGGCAAGGGCGCUGGCAAGGAAAUGAGAUUGUUGUGAAGGUGCUAAAGGUUCGUGACUGGACCACGAGGAAAAGCAGAGACUUCCAUGAGGAAUAUCCCAAACUCAGGAUAUUUUCCCACCCGAAUGUCCUACCCAUGUUGGGAGCAUGUCAGUCUCCUCCCGCCCCUCACCCCAUCAUCAUCACACACUGGAUGCCUUAUGGCUCCCUCUACAACGUGCUGCAUGAAGGCACCAACUUCGUGGUGGACCAGACGCAGGCGGUGAAGUUUGCGCUGGACAUUGCUUGUGGAAUGGCCUUCUUACACACACUGGAACCCAUGAUCCCUCGCCACUAUCUCAACAGCAAGAGUGUUAUGAUAGAUGAAGACAUGACAGCCAGGAUCAGCAUGGCAGACGUCAAGUUCUCCUUCCAGUGUCCUGGCAGGAUGUACUCGCCUGCAUGGGUAGCCCCCGAGGCCCUGCAGAAGAAGCCAGAAGAGAUCAACCGUCGGUCAGCAGACAUGUGGAGCUUUGCCAUCCUGCUGUGGGAGUUGGUGACCAGAGAAGUGCCGUAUGCUGACCUCUCCAACAUGGAAAUAGGCAUGAAGGUUGCCUUGGAGGGUUUGAGGCCCACUAUCCCCCCUGGCAUUUCACCCCACAUUUGCAAGCUCAUGAAAAUAUGCAUGAACGAAGACCCAGCAAAGAGGCCCAAAUUUGACAUGAUUGUGCCAAUUCUGGAAAAAAUGCAGGACAAGUGAAAAAGCUCCUCUGCCCUCCUGUAUUGAACCAUUGAAUUGGGGGAUAUCUUUCCCUGUUCUCACUCUGAUAUGGUGGUGUGGUGCUUACCAGUAUUGCCUUAAACUCUUACUCUACCGCUGCAUUCAACGCCACUGUAGCUUCUGCUUCUGAGACGAAUCAGCAGCUGUCCCUUCUUUAUGUUUUUUUUUUCUUUUUUCAAUGUGAUAUCAAGUUUUUAUUAGUGUCUUCAUCUUCGUCACUGAUCCGCUGAUGCUGUCUUUGCAGGAGCUUAAUAUUGACUGUUUAUCUUGUAAACUGUAAUUACGUGGACUGAGUACAAUCUUCUAGACUGAAUAACCUGUGGAGGUCAGCAUGACAGUCUGCUGCAUUGCUUCAGUGGAUUUAAGGCCUUAUUUUUCUUAUCUGAAGUGGGCUCACUACUAAAAAGUCACUGUACGGGAACUGCUCCUCUAUAAUGGUGGCUCUUAAUAAAACAAAUAACAUAUUAACUCAAAGCUUGUCUUGUGGGAAAACAGUUAAUGUUUGUUGUGUUAGCAACAAACUGUAUGCAGCUGGGCAAGCAUGACAAAUGUGUGAAACCAAGCAUUUAAACAACAUGUAAGAUUGAGAAAAUGUAUAUGAAUGAGUGGUGCCUGUGAGAGUACUAGCAGUGUUGUGAUGUGUCGAGCUUGACCUGCUGACAAGAUGUUAAACUGGCCAUAGAAACUUUAUUUUCAGAGCAGCAAAAAUGUCAGUUGAUCAUUGCAAUUUUGGGAAGAUUACUUUCAAAAUGCAUUGAAGAUUGAUGCUUUUCUCUUGUUAAUUGCAAUAAUGUCAUGUAAUGAACUAGAUUACUCAAAUGUAUAACUGUAAUCUAGUUUAUUUUAUUUUCCCUUCAAAGUAUUUUAUGAUCGAAUGAUCAUGGUUUCCUUUUCAAGAUGUCUAAAAGUGUUUGCGCUCAAGUGUUAUCUUCAUGUUGAAUACUGGCAAUCUGUUUAAUCCAACAUGUAAUACCUUGUACUGCAACUCAGUGUAAUUUAUUCAUGAGUAUCACAGGUACAGUUAUGUUUCUUUUGUUUUGUUGUUGAGUGCGAGGACUGCCUUUCCUCUCAAUUUUAUGGCUGCAUCAGAAGCAGCUGCCAACAGAAGGUGACUGGGACAUUAAGGGGUGGUGUUAAACAGCCUGUCAUACUGUUUUCUUAUUUGUUUGUUUUUUAUUGUUUUGUUCCUCUACAUUGCUUCUGACUUAAUAUCAAUCUCAUGGGUUGGUUCUUCUACCUGCAUCGUCUCUGUGCCUCCACCAGCUUGCUUGUUUGUGCUGAAUCACAGGUUGAAGCCAAAAUCAAGAAUGACUUAUACAAAUGUAUGUAUUUAUAUAUAAGUAUAUUAAAAAGGAAAAUAUGGGCAACUUGA